GGACGGAAAGCCAGGGCGCGGGAGGCGAGCGAAAGGCAAAAAGGAAGAAAGGUCUGGAAGAGCGAGCGGGCGGAAAGAGGAAAGGGGCGAGCAGCUGCAGGCUGGGGCGGCAGAGCGAAGCCCGCUGCGCGGUUCCUUCCCUCGAGGCACGCGCCGAGGAGGGGGGAGCCACGGAAGAAGAGACCCUCCAACCCCCCUCCCCGGGCUGUCCCCACGCCCUCCGACGGGGAUCCGAGGUCCCUCCCGCAAAGGGCCUCCAAGUCGCGGGCUCCCCGGGCAAUCCAAGCAGCUGGCGGAGGCCGGCGCUCACCUGGGUGGGGGCCGGGGCACCCCGCUCGGCCCGCUGCGUCUCCCAGCUGUGACCCACAUCUGGGGCGUGGGGAAACGCGGGCCAAGCGGUGCCAACUCCCGCUUCUACGUCCAUCCGCGGGCACAGGCAGAAAUCGGAUGCUGCUGACCACGGCCGGAGCCUUCGCCGCCUUCUCGCUCAUGGCCAUCGCCAUCGGCACCGACUACUGGCUCUACUCCAGCGCGCACAUCUGCAACGGCACCAACCUGACCAUGGACGACGGGCCCCCGCCCCGCCGCGCCCGCGGCGACCUCACCCACUCGGGACUGUGGCGGGUGUGCUGCAUCGAAGGGAUCUACAAGGGACACUGCUUCCGGAUCAACCACUUCCCGGAGGACAAUGAUUACGACCACGACAGCUCCGAGUACCUCCUGCGCAUCGUGCGCGCGUCCAGCGUCUUCCCCAUCCUCAGCACCAUCCUGCUGCUGCUGGGCGGGCUCUGCAUCGGCGCUGGCCGCUUCUACAGCCGCAGGAACAACAUCGUGCUCAGCGCCGGCAUCCUCUUCGUGGCAGCAGGCCUCAGCAACAUCAUCGGCAUCAUCGUGUACAUCUCCAGCAACACGGGCGACCCGGGCGACAAGCGGGACGAGGACAAGAAGAACCACUACAACUACGGCUGGUCCUUCUACUUCGGCGCGCUGUCGUUCAUCGUGGCCGAGACGGUGGGCGUGCUGGCCGUGAACAUCUACAUCGAGCGCAACAAGGAGCUGCGCUUCCACUCGCGCCGGCAGCUGCUGCAGGCGCCCGCCUCGGCGUCGCCCUACGCGCGGAUGCCCAGCUACGGCCACGGCCACCGGCGCCGGCGCUCGCGCUCCAGCUCGCGCUCCACCGACGCCUCGCCAUCGCGGGACGCGUCCCCGCUGGGCCUGAAGCUGGCGGGCGCCAUCCCCAUGGGCGAGCUGUCCAUGUACACGCUGUCGCGGGAGCCGCUCAAGGUCACCACCACGGCCAGCUACAGCCCCGAGCGGGACGCCGGCUUCCUGCAGGCCCACGACUUCUUCCAGCCCGAGCUCAAGGGCGGCCUGCACGUGAGCGUGCUCAACCGACGGACCACGCCCGUGUGAGCCCCCCCGCCCCCGGCGCCCCCCGCCACCCCGCCCGCCCGCCCCUCGAGAACGGGAGGCAGCGGCCACUCCACCCGCUGGGCUCCGGCCGGCCUGGCGGGCAGCGGAGGGUGGACUUUUAAUCCUCCCCAUUCCCUUGCCCGGAGGGGGUUGUGCAUCCCAGCCCUCUCUCCCCGGGGGUCCCCUCGUCCCCCCAGGGGGCCCGCCAGCUCUCUGAGGUCACGUGCCUGGACUCCUCCCCCAACCCCCGCCUCUCUCGGAAGCUGGGAAAGGGGUUCACGGAGAGGGGGGGGGCCUCUUCCCUUCCCAGCUGGGCCUGGGCCGCCACCAGGAGGGUCCUGCAGGUACCCCAGGGCCUUGGGACAUUGGCCAGUGCCCUCGAUAAGCCCCCCCCCGCCCCCGUGUGUGUGACCCUGACAAGAAUACCCCGCGGGCCCCCUCCCCACCGUCCCCUCAUCACUCUCUGUCUCUCUCUCUCUCUGUGACUGGGGGAGGACUCAGCUGAGGCCUGCCCCCACACCCCCAGCACUGGGUGGCACCCCCAGGACACUGAGGCUGGUGGGCGGCCCCGGCCCCCUCCUCUAGGAAGCUCCUGCCUGUCCCCGAAAGGGCCGCGUCCUCCAGAGUCCAGAACAUUCCACCAGGCAAAGGGGGGAAUGGCCUGUGGCCUCUCGCUGCGUCCCUGCCCACAGGCCGAAGGAGCGGCUCUGCCCCCCACCGCCUCCCCCACCUCGCCCCCUCGCUGGUGGUGGGCCCCCGGAACCCGGACUCCCGGGCCAGACAGGGACCCCAGAGCAGUGCCAGCACCCCUCUCCUCCGUGGUCCCGAGUUGUGGCUGAUGGGAUGAGCUCCGGGGAGCGGGUCUUAGAGCCGACCCCCCGGGCCCCUGGAGGUAAUUUAUUCUGCCCCCUGACACCCCCACCCCCAAGGGCUAGGAGGAAGGUGGGGUGGGAGGGCCGAGGGCUGUGGGGGGAAGGCUCAGCUCCCGGGGGUGGACGUGCCCGGCUGGUCUCCAGCAGACAGAGGAGGCCGGGGUCGGAGGAAGCCCCUCGAGCAGGGAGCCCCCCCUUUUCUAUGACACGCGUGCUUUCUACAGAGAAACCGUUUCUUACUUCCCGAGACUUCGGGACCCUCCGCAGUUGCCCGUGGCCUCUUGGCGGUGAGCGGCCAGUUCUUACCUCAACAACCUGCCCAGAGCCCCGGGCGGACCCCGAGUUCAGGACCCUGGUGGAGGCCAAGUCCGCCCCCCCCAUCCCGUGCCCCCGCCUGGCCCUGGGCUGAGGUGGCUGUGAGCCUCACCUGUCCCAGCACGUACACGGGGGGGGGGGGGCGCCCGGGGUCAGCUCUGCCCUGUCCAGCCCGCCCCUGACCCCCCCAGCCUGCCCCAGGCAGUCCCCGCAGGGGCCUGAGACACACUCUGUCCCCCCACCCUUGUGCGCCCCCCCACCCACCAGAAGUGUGUUAUUCAGGGAAGGCUAGUGGGGGGCGCGAACCCCACCUUGGGCCGUGCCCGCAGGGCUGAGCUAAGGAGCCAGAGGGCAGCGGGGAGGGCAGGGCCCCCUGUGGUCUGCCCCACUCAGCCUCCUCCCCCCUCCCCUCCCUCUGCCUUCCCCUCCCCUCCUCCCCUCUCCUUUCCCCAUCCUCCCCUCCUUCCUUCCUUCCUCCCCUCCUCCUCCUCCCCUCUUCCUUCCCCUACCAUCUCCUCCCCUCCCUCUCCCCCUGCUCCUUCCCUCUUCCUCCCCGCCCCUCCUCCUCUCUGCUCUCCCCUGUUGCCCCCUGAGCCAGGGUUCGGGGCAGGGGUCUAAGGCUGUCUGCUUCCCCCCUCAGCCCUAAGCCUUGUACCCACGGGGGCGUGAGAUGGCCCGCGCCCACCUUCUCCUCCACCCAGCUCACCACCCUCGUGUGACACCCCGUUUUCCCCCCAGGCCCCCCUGUUAAGCCCCUAUGACUUCUGUAUCUACUGCUGGUUUGGGGUUGUUCAUUCUGUCUUUUUUUUUUUAAUUAAAUAAAAAUGUUUUUAAAAUAGUCUCCGGGCUUUGCAGGAAGGGGGCGGCGCUGCCCCCUGGGCCCUGUGGACACGGGAUAAGGAGUGGUCUGGGGCG